UCCUCAACGCAUUUAAGGUGGCUUCGUGGAUGAUCACCAUACCCCUCUCGUCUCACCAUGCCAACCAUACCGUUUAGACGACCACCACAGUGGUUGAAAAGCCUUUUUGAAGGUUGACCAAUCCGAAAUUGCUCCUCAUAAUUCUAUAUCUAAUAGGUAGGAAGCUGGAAAAGGUGGAUUCGAGUAUUUUUCUCAAAAUUGGAUAAGACAUUUUGACCACCGUGACGAGAGGGGGGGGAGACGAGCAGAAAGAAGACGAUCGUAUCCAAGAAUCUAGCUUCAGUCAUCGGCUGAGAGGUGGGUCGUUGAUUACCGACGAAAUCCCCAAUGGACCCAUCGAUGGAAUCAAAGGCACGACAACUUGGGCCCCAAACAACCUUGAUCCUCCAAGCUAUAUUGAAGCAAAGUAGCAAGGAUCGAAACUUCAGCGACAUUGAUGUGAAUGCCAAAGCCUGCGAUGAAAACCAAGCCCCGAUUUUGCAUUUGGCUGUCGAGGAGGGAUUAUUUGAUGUGACAGCCCAUUUGAUUGAAAAGGGUGCGAAGGCCUCGGAUACCGACAACAAAGGCAACACGGUUCUCCACUCUUUGGCCAAAUGUCAAGAGAAGAAAAUGAUUGGCAAGGUGAUCCAAAUGUGGAAGAAAUCGCAGCAAGGAUGGAUGCCGGUAAACGGAGGGAACGAAUCCCCCCUGGGGAACAGCCUCUAUAACAAGAAUGAAUUACUCACCGAGCGGUUGCUAAAACGUCUAAAACCACCUGACUUCCACAACCAAACGGUGCUGGGGAUCCCGAUAAAGAAAAAAUUCAAACAGGGCUUAAAGUUGCUGAUUGAUUGGCAAAAGGAGCACCAAGCUUCACCAUCCGUUUUGGCGUGUAGCACCAACGGAAACCCAUUCAAGGAGGCCAUUCGGGCUAGAGAUUGCGAAAUAAUGAAACUCUUGAUAAAAAAUCAAGACCUCCUCCGUAAAAGAACGGAUGAUGAGCCUUUCGAUUGGAUCAAGGAUCUCGCGCAAAGUGGAAAACUGGACUUCCUCGCAAUCCUGUGGGAGCACCUGACAGGUAAUUUCGAUUCUUUGUAAUACUAAGCUUUAUGGCUCACUGGAGAUCAUAUCUAGUGGUCCAUGUACCAACUCAUGGUCUGAUCAAGUUCUUUCUUCAUUUCUAGAAGCUAAAAAAAAAGAUUACUUGAAUUACGUGUGCCAGAUCAAUGAAGAUCUUAAAAAAAAAAAACAGAAAAACCCAGAAAUACACACUUGACGAGGUGCUCAACCAUCGAGACCCUCCGAGGAGGGCGGAAUAUCUCAGGGAUCAUCUUCUCUUGGCCAUUGCUAUGGAUUUGACGGAGCAAGCUGAAUUCAUCCUGGAUUAUGCCCAAAGUCUGUUUCCCAUUAGCAAUGAAGGGAAACAGCAUCUUCGCACAGUACUUUAUGCCACUUACAAAGAAAACACCUAUCGUAUUGAAAAGACGCAUCUCAAGAUGACCCCUCUUGUGAUGACUCUCCACAAAAAGAUGCCACAUCUGACAAACAAAUUGAUCGAAGCGGAGCAGAGGCAUCUGAUGCUCCACGAUAAUGAGUUGUCUCAUGAGAAAGCACGGGCCUACCACGCUUCGAGCAUUUCAGAUCCCCAAAGCCUGCGGAUUUGUCUUGAAUCUGACAACCCUUUGGAUGAGAUUUGGAAGCAUUACUUUGAUUAUCUAAACAAAGAGGAGCAAUUGUUCGCAAGAAUCGGAGCACUGAACAUCGAGGACAAAAUCAUAUAUCUGAGGCUGCACCGCCGUUGGGCAGUGCGGGAUCUUAACCUAUCUGGCCUCAAGUUAGUUACCAAUGCUCUGAACCAUUUGGACAACGAGGAACAGAAGCAGAGAAUUGUCUGCCAGCCCCAACAGACUGAGGAAUUACUCCUGUUCGUGGCCAACAACAAUGUAGACGGCAACUUGAGUCGCCUUCUGGAGGAAUUCAUCACACAAGAAUUUGAAUGCCACAAGAGCGACCAAAAGCAAGGCUAUCAAUGUGUCCUGAACCAGGUUGACGACAUCAGUGGAUCGGAUUACAUUUUAGAUGCCUUCGAGACACAUUAUCCCAACUCAACGAGCAGCAAAUGGAAAAGCCUUUCGAAAUUCGCGGUUAUUACCUUCUAUGGAUUGGCUGUCAUGGGGAUGAAUAUUUGGACAGAUACGGUAAUAACAAAGGCACUUGAUUGCGCAUCUAAUCGCACCAAUAUCCCAGACGGCUAUGGCAUCUGCAAUGGCAAUCAAGAUGUCAGAAAUUCUAAGGCAAUUCCACCGACAGACCCAGAUGAUCGCGAUGAUCGUGACACGACAGAUGAUCGCAAAUGGAAUGGCACCAAUUUCCAAGAAGCCUUUAAUAUCAGUUCUGGUAGUCAGCUUUUACAUCUGACCACAACAUUGACACUUUGGAUUUGGCUAUUAGGGCAAUUGAUUCAACCCAAAUCGAUCUUCACUUACCUUGGUUUUGGUUCUGCAAAGCAAGGAGCCGAGCUAGAAGACAUUGAAAUUGGAACUGGGUCGGCUGAAAUACCACUCAUGGAAAGAAACCGCUCCAGAUCGGGCGAUUCGAAUGCAUCACAGAUGGAGAAACAAGUCAAAAGCAAACAAAUCAUAUCCUUUUGUGUUUUGGGCUUCCCAGUGUUUGCAGCAGCUGUCAUGGUUUUUUGCAUCCUGAGUGGGUUUUGGCCAGAAUUGGAUUGGGUUUGGCUUGGCAAUACGUUUUCCAUGAGUUUGAUCGUGGUGCUCGCUAUUGCCGGCUUGGUAAUCAAGUGCAAGAUGAUUUUUGGUCAAGACAACUUUCUUCAAGAUAGAGAUCUUUUCGACAGCCUCGAUAAGCAAUUGACCAUAGCACAGAUUGGAGAAUCCUGCAUGGAAGCCACUGUUCAAUUUAUCUUGCAAACUUGGCUCUUUGCUCGACUACAGUUGGCUGAUGAACUCCACAAGAAAACUAAAAUUGAGAUCACGGUUCAAUUUUGGUAUCACUUUUUCGUUUCUGGUGCAAAAUUGGAGUUACUUGAAGUUCUCGUCAGCGGCAAGAUAUUCUUAUCGUCCAUGUCCCUGAUUUGCAGUGUUAGCACGAUCCAUUUCAAUCUGAAGAACCAGAAUGUACCUUUAAAACGUAAGCCCUUCAUCUUCUUAUCCCUUGCUUUUCAACUUUGGGCACAAAUGAGAGUGAUCCUGGCUUUGUGCUCGGGUGCAAAUGAUGGAUCACAGGACCUCAAUGAGAUAAAAUGGUUUUGGUUGAUCAAGAUUGCCUGGAUAAUGAUGCUGAAGGCAGGGUUCUGGUUUAAAAACCGAAAACUAGCCCCUUUCUCCCUUUGCAACAUCUGCAGUUUCUUGCUGAGCACCUUUGGCAGUUCCAUGCUAUUGUUGCAGAUCCCAAUGUUGAAUAACGACAACAAAAAGGUCACCACAGAGACUUUUGGCUUCCAAUUCUUGUACUUUCUUUUCACCUUUGGACAAAGUGUCUGCUGGGUUGUGUCUAGAGGAGAAGCCUUUUGGGAAAUAGCUAUUCUAAUGGCUUUAGCCUUUGCUUGUCAUGCUGUUUUCUAUCUGUUCUAUGGCCAUCCUGGUCAAGCUAAAAAUCGGAAGAACAUCAAGAAGUGGAUGAAGAAGAAAAAAUUGAACUAGUCACACAACAUUUUCAGACGCCUAAAUCGUAACAUGCCAGCCAGACCUCUCGACCUACUCAAUUAACUUCGACCCCUUAUGCCUGUCUAUUCAUACAUCCUUUUGUACAUCUUGUUCUUCAAAUAUUGUAGAUAUUUAAGUUACUAUUGAAAAAGCCCGUGAAAAAAACAAACAAAAACAAAGUAUAUAAGUGGUGUGGUUUUGUAUUGCAUACAUAUGUAUAUGGUUAACAGUGAAGCUCUCUUUCUCUCUCUAUUUAUGCGAUUCUUAAUCUUGAUCUGGAAUAGAACGGACGUGAAGAUCUAA